AUGGGCAAGCGAGCCGCUUCUCCCGCCUAUGUCCUGGGCGUGGGCAUGACAAAAUUCAUCAAGCCCCGUGGAAAAGUCGACUACACAGAACUAGGAUUCGAGGCCGGUGUUAAGGCGAUGUUGGAUGCUCAUAUUACAUACGACGAUGUCGAUCAAGGCGUUGCUUGCUACUGCUACGGCGACAGCACUUGCGGUCAGCGUGUCUUUUACCAAUUUGGCCUGACCAAGAUCCCCAUCUACAAUGUGAACAACAACUGCUCAACCGGCUCCACGGGCCUUGCGAUGGCUCGUACUUUGGUCUCGCAUGGUGCCGCCGACUGCGUUCUCGUGGUGGGUUUUGAGAAGAUGAACCCUGGCAGUUUGCAAUCGCACUUCCAGGACCGUGCCAACCCAACGGGCCAGUUUGGUGCGAUGAUGGCUGCCACGAGAGGUAUCACCAAUGCCCCUGGAGCUGCUCAGAUGUUUGGCAACGCCGGAAGAGAGUAUAUGGAGAAGAACGGUGCUAAAGCUGAAGAUUUCGCGGAAAUCGGUCGCAUCAACCACGAACACUCAAAACGCAACCCAUACUCUCAAUUCACGGACGAAUAUUCGCUCGAGCAGAUCAUGAAGGCCCCCAUGAUUCACUAUCCCUUGACUAAGCUCCAAUGCUGCCCCACCUCGGAUGGUGGUGCCGCAGCUGUCAUCGUCUCGCAAGCCUUCCUUGAUGCUCGCCCCCAUCUGAAGGAACAAGCCGUCCAGAUUGCUGGCCAAUGCCUUGCCACCGACACGCCCUCAGUAUACGACCGUAGCUCCAUCAGCCUCAUGGGAUUCGACAUGGCGCGUUAUGCCUGCCAAACCGCCUGUAAGGAAGCCGGCGUCAAUGUCAAAGAUAUCAAAGUUUGCGAACUCCAUGACUGUUUCUCUGCCAAUGAGAUGACUACUAUCGACGCUCUGGAGCUCUCUGACCCUGGAAAGGCCCAUGAAAUGGUCCGUCGAGGAGAUAUCACCUAUGGUGGCAAAAUGGUCAUCAACCCCUCCGGUGGCCUGAUCUCCAAGGGCCACCCGUUGGGUGCCACGGGCAUCGCCCAAUGCGCCGAACUUACCUGGCACCUUCGCGGCUGGGCAAAUAAUCGUCUUAUUAAGGGCACCGAUGCAGCUUUGCAGCACAAUCUCGGACUUGGCGGGGCUGUUGUUGUUACUGUCUAUAAGCGUGCUGACGGCAAGGUUGCCGAAGCAGUUUCAAAUGACGAAGUUGGUAGGAAGAACGGCCUUGGGUACAACCCGGCUGUGGAAGCAAAGGGCUUUACCGUUGAGCAAAUGAACCGAGUCCUGAGCAAGGAGCAUAGGAGUGACUGGGCCAUGUCGGAUACCUCUGAAAAGGUUCUGGCUCGGUUUUAA